AACAGAAACUCUGACGUCGACGACGUGCUCGCCUCUUCACCAGCAUUUCCUCGUGCUCGCGUGAUUGAGCCCGGAGGUUUAGGGAACGCGCUCGGGCACCCGCGGCGCUCUCACUGUCUGGUGUGGCCGGUGUGUGAGUUUUUUUGGGAGGACGCCUGUGGUUUCUGAUGCAAUAAUGAUUUGUCUCGUUUUAACCAUAUUUGCAAACAUCUUUCAGACCGCCUGGGCGGGCAUUAACGAGCGCACCUUCGUCGCCGUGAAGCCCGACGGGGUGCAGCGCCGCCUGGUGGGCGAGAUCACCCGCCGGUUUGAGCAGAAGGGCUUCCGGCUGGUGGGGCUGAAGCUGGUGCAGGUAAGACUGCCCUCCCGCCUGUCACCCGGGCGGCGCUGUGCACACCCUCCACCGCUGAAGGAGCCGUGUGUCUGCCGCUCUCACCGCGACCCGCCUCUGAGUGAGCUCAAUCAGCUCGUGAUGGGCUUGACUGGACCCAUUCAACCACUUCUGCUUUCCCGCGUGACUGUGAAAGAAAUGCAGCAAGGCUGCCCUGUCUUGCCGUAUCUCCACAGGAACGUGGUCCAUGGCAGUGACUCGGUGGAGAGCGCGCAGCGGGAGAUCUCCUUGUGGUUCCGCCAGCAGGAGGUGCUGUGCUGGGAGGACUGCACCGAGCGCUGGAUCUAUGAGUGACGCCGGCGCAGAGCCCACACGCCUACGCCCGCCCCCACACUCACUGAUCCUCCCCACCCCCACCCCCAGUCCAGCAGUCCCAGGUCUCGCAGGCAGCUUUCAGAUAUCUUCUCUAGAAGUGUUUGCCUUCAGGCAACGCAAAUGGAGUUCCAUGAGUUUAUUUGCACAAGGCGACGGCAGCAACAAAUUGCGCACAUUACGAUUUCAGAUUCGGGGACCCCAGUGUCUCGUCUUGGACUGACACGGUUAUUAAGGUUCACCCAGUUUUUCUCCUCCUCCGUUUGCUUUUGACUUUUUAGUACUCGGGUUCAUAAAGAGCCAGCCCUCAAACUGAGAAUGAACUCCCAUCACCACGAAAAGCGUGAAAUCUAUUUCUGUAACUUUUGCACUAAAACUUUCUUCGUUUGAUUGACAGUAUCAGAUAAACAGUGCUGCUGUAGAUAAAGAUUUUACAGACAAAAAUCCCUCAGGAAAUGCUGGAAUAUUUCCUAAACCAUUUGUUAUUCAUUGUCUUUACCUCCUUAGAAAAUACAGAAUAAUGGUUUCCUUUUUUUACUUGAAUUAUGUGAUAAUGUUACACUUACAGACUUGUAGUCUUCAGUGGACCAAACGGGUUCAACCUAGAAGAUUCUCAAGUCUCUCAAGAAUGUCAUGACUCUGCAGAGCUGUGCAGAUCUCUUGCUACCUGGCGUUCGCCAACAGGAAAAAGGAAAGGUCACUUUCAGUUGCCAAUCAUGGAGGACCUUUUAGUUAAUAAUGAUCAUAUAUAUGAUUAUUCAUCACCCUGUUUGGUAUGCUCACCUUUGACUGACAUUCCAUCUUAAAACCUGCUGUCUAAUGCACCUUUAGAUUGAAAAUGACAAGGUACAAAGGCCAAAUUCACAGCUUGUUCUAAAUGGAUUGGUUUGACAUUUUUUUUAAAGAUCUGCAUUUAAUAAAAUGUAAUUUCCGUCCACAGCUGAAGUUAUUGUAGGAGCUGAGUAAAGCAUGUUUUGAAUCACUGGUUGCCAUGACAAAUCUAGAAAAAAAGUUUCCCUAGAAUACAGACCUGGUAGUGUAUUUUAAUUUACUAUUAAAAAGGUCCCGUCUAUAAAGUAAAAUAUUCCGUACAGUCACAUUUGUCUUAUAUGGAUCUUGAGUGUGUAACGGCCAGGAUAUGUGUUACAAGACUUAAAACAAGUUGUAACCAAUCUUUUGGAUAUAAAGAGAAGCAAAACAUAUUGUCUGUGUUUGUUUUCACGAAUAUGACAGACGUCAUGAAUGUGUGUUUUAUCUGAUCAGUGUUCGCAUAAUGGACGCAAGAGAAAAUGUUCCGCUUUUGACAACAGAUGGGAUCCCAUUGCAACUCUACAGUGAUGUUUUUGUAUCAUUAAUGGCAUUAUGUUAUUUCUUCGAGAUCCAGAGACUGUCUAGUGUCUGUUUCUUGCUCACUGUGGGCAGAGCACGUCUCAUUGUCGCACUACAGCAUUGUGCUUUUAUAUACAGGAAGACUCGUAAGCACACUUGUUCAUAGAUCAUUCUUGUGUAGGUGUUUUCUUUUAAAGACUUUAGUACUCUGUUGCCACAUAAUUGGCAAAUGAUAAACAGGUACAGGACAGAAUGCACUUAACUACACUUUAAUAGAACUUAAGCUUGGGACUGAGCUUUAAAAUGAAAGCUUAAACAGUGCCUACCUUUCAGUAUGGCCCAGUAGUGGUGCUGGUCCUUACUACCUUACGAUGGCAUACCAGUUAAUUUCCCCUGCUGAGAAAUGAAUGUAAUUUACUGCUGCAUUUAGAGUCUACAGUUCUAUAGUGAGCAGAUUUAUUGGCCUUAAAGCUAAUCUGGUGAUGAUCACGGUUCAGGUUUUAGCCUUUGUUCUGUACACUGCACAGUGAAAAGUCUGUUUCUUGUGACCCAAGGUUUACCAAUGAAAACAAAUCUGAAAAUGAA